AUGCGUUUAGAUAAACAAAUUACCGUGCUCCAUAAUCCUGCUCACGAAAGUAAUUAUGAACUUUUCCUACCAUAUCAUCGUAAAGUUUCCACCUGUAUAUCUCCAAACAAUUAUUUCGAAAUAUUACAGCAGUACAACAAAGAAGAAUCUGAUGUUAAGAGCGUUCGGAAAGAUCGUUAUAAAGUAUCUAGAUUUGGUUCCAGAAAAUCGCUAAUUAUUGAAAGUUAUCCUAAAGAGCUUUUUACCGGAGCAGCAGCCUAUUGCAGCUGUUUAGGCAAAAAAUGCAUCAUUGAUAUUGAUGUAUCUACAUCCAAGACGAUAAUCAAGAUCAGAAAGAAAGGAUUCACAAGUCAUGAACUGACUGUUGUAGUUUUUGGAAUAGAAAUUCAGAAAGAUGAGGGAGCAUUUUAUAUCGAAGGAUUUUGA